UUUUUUUUAAUCGUCAAUAUUGUGUGCGCGUAGGUGUUUUUUCUUCCUUUUUAACAUUUUUUUUUGUCAUAGCUCAAGUUUGACUGAUUGACUGUUAAGAGUUUUCUGUGUACCUAAUGAAGUGUCCAGUAACAAAGAUGCACAGAGAAGAACCCUGACCUAAUAUACAUCUACUCGCUAAAAUAAAUCGUGUAUCUUCCGUUAUUCAGCGGCGUCUAUUGAUGGUGACCUUCAAAUGAAGCAACUUUCCUCCGUCUUACCUGCGCAGAGUCCACCGCAGGUGAAGCCCAGCAGGAGCACGCACGCCAAGUGAAUCUGCAUCUCGCUCAGGGGAGAUGGGAAAAAGAAAAAAAAAGGCAGACGACUAAAGCGAGCGGUUCACGUUGGUUAAGUUUGUAGUUAUGUUACUGUGGAGGGCCUGCCGCGGAACCGGGUGUGCAAGGACCGGCCUCGAAGACAGCGACAGGUGAGUAGAUUGCCCGGCUGGGCCUUGUUAUCUAAUCACCUGUCGCCUUUAUUAGGAGCAGCCGGCACAAGACAAGUUGGGGGAGUCUGAGGUGCUGAUGAGCGGACGCAGGAGGAAAAGACACUUUGCUGGAAAGCAGAACCCUAUCAAAAUAACAUAAAGUGCUUGUGGUGCUGCUGCAGUGAGGCUUGUGGACCUUCUGCUGCUCACCACCAUGGCGCCCUUUGGGAGGAACUUCCUGAAAGCUCGCCUGAAAAGCAGGACCAAAGACUGCGAGGUCGUGACGGGGAAGGAGAUUCAGGUGACGGUCUGCAAGGAAGAGAAGGUCGUCUGUGGGGUGACCAAACACACCACCUGUGCUGACAUCAUUCAGGCAUUACUAGACGAUCACAGAUCCAUUGCAGAGAGCAAGCGGCUCCUGCAUGGAGAGUCCAAAGACUUCUGUCUGCUAGAGCGCUGGAAGGGUUUCGAAAGAGCCUUGCCGCCACUCACCAGGAUUCUGAGGCUGUGGAACGCUUGGGGCGACCAGAGACCCUUCAUCCAAUUUGUUCUGGUCAAAACCAGCGACUUCGUGCCCACGCGGGCCAUGAAGGGUCCAAAGAGCAGAAGCAGCAGCAAGGCUGUGAGAAGCGUGAAGAACCUUCAGACGCUGCCUGUGGACAAGCAGAAGCGUGUGGUGAAGAAAGUCUUCAGGAAGCUGGAGAAGAUUCACAAGGACGGCAAAGUGGAGAUCCAGGACAUGGUGCAGAUCAUUCUGGACCAGGACCACACCAUCCAGGAGCAGAUCCAGCGAAUGAGGGAUCUGGAUUUUCAGACAACGCAGCUUCAGGUGCAGAAAGAAGGAGAAGAGUUUUUUGAGGACUGUGGAUCCACUUUAAACCCAGAGCAGCUUGAUGAGCUCCUGCACGCCAGUGAAGACGUCCACCAGCUGGAGCUUCAGCUUCAGAGGCACCAGGCCGUCAUCACGCAGCUGAGUCACGACAUCGAUGCAGAGCUGAGGAUGGCAGGCGAGCGGGAAGAAGCGAAGGCUUCUUCCUGGACCUACCGUGAGACCGACCAGUCUCUGCUGGCCGAUCUGGAGAGGAUGCAGGCGGAGCUGAGACGCAGCGUCUUGGCGGGCUUGGCCCUUUGUGGGCAAGCGGCGGAAGUGGAUAAGCAGCUUCAUCGGUCCGAGACCUCUCUGCUCUCCAGAGAUCAGGAGUGCCGGCAGCUGGCCACUCAGCUCGGCUCGCUGCAAAUGGGCGAAGCCGCAGAGGAGGCGCCUGUUGCCGUGAAAAUGGAGACUCGGGCGGCAAUGGUCAAGCAGGGCUUGUCCCUCGCCGACGUGACGGACACGGACUCUGACACUGGCAUUAGUUCCACACACAGUCAGGACUCGCUGUCACCCGGCCAAAACUUUCAUCCUCCACUGGACACGGACGUCUGACAAAAGGACUUGACAGCGUUUUCGACUCUAUGCAAAACAAACAUUGAAGGGGUCAUAUUGUGCAAAACCAACUUUUCUUACCUGUUGGUUCCUGUUUGUGUGUAUUUGGAAUCCGCAUUAAAUCCUGAAAAUGUUAAAUCAAA